AUGGAGCGGUACGGCACCCGUUUGGUGUGCUUACGUCACUCGGGCGUGAGCGUGCCGGACGCUGUGGCCGCACUCGGUCGCGGGCAAGCGGCCACGCCCACGCCCGAGCGGAUCAGUCUGGAGCUGUCCGACGGCGCUCGGGAGAUAGAUGAGGACGAGUGGACUGAUCGCAACUUCCUCGCGUCCGAGACCUCCGCGGCCGGCGGGCUCAGUAGUGACGAGGAGGCGUCUAGUUCGGACGAGUAUACGGACGCGGCGGAUAGUGGGGAUGAGGGACCCCCCUCUCCGCUUCCCGCCACCGCUGCCCCGCCCCCCUCACACCAUCUCUACUUCUCCGACGACUCGUUUGGAUACGAUGAUUACUCUGAUGAUGGCGCGGAGUCGUCCGGCAACGAGUCGUGUUCGCGCAUGCGCGAGGCGCGCGAGGCGCGGCGGCGCGAGGUGCCCGCCGACGCCCGCCCGCCCACCGACAGCAGCGAGGUACAGCGCUGCGCUGUCGCCUAG